UUUUUUUUGGCUGAGUGUUUGAUCACAGCCAAUCCGAGCCCCACGUUCUGGUAACAUCCACAUGCAGAGUCUCUGAUCAGUCAGAAGUGAGACUGAACGGCGCUGGCUGCACAAGCAGCCCAUUCUGCAACUCCCUCCACCUCCACUCGAGUGUAUGGGACUCGGCCCUCCCAGACGACAAGGCAGCUCACUCCUGACAACCCUCACCGCAGAUCAACACCCCAGACGGUAGACAGCAACGCUGAGACGGGUCAGCACCUCUGCUUUGCAGGAUGUAUCAAAAACUUGCCAUCCUUCUAUUCUUGGUGGGGAUGUUAAUGGUAGCAGUGGAGAUGAAGAAAAAUCGUCCUCCAGGAGCCAUCCCGCCUCUUUACAAGGGAAACACCAACAGCUCGGAGAAGCGCACACAUCGGAGGCAGGAUGUGCUUGCCUCCAGUCAAGAGGCACUGGUGGUGACAGAAAGAAAGUACCUGAAGAGCGACUGGUGCAAAACCCAGCCCCUUAGGCAGACCAUCAACGAGGAUGGCUGUGUGAGCCGAACUGUCAUCAACAGAUUCUGCUAUGGACAAUGCAAUUCCUUCUAUAUCCCCAGGCAUGUUAAAAGGGAUCAAGAGUCCUUCCAGUCCUGUGCCUUCUGUAAACCGCAGAAAUUUACUACCCUGACUGUCAAACUGAACUGCCCUGACCUGCAGCCUCCCUUCAGACACAAGAAAAUCCAACGAGUCAAGCAGUGCAAAUGUAUAUCAGUAAACGUGAAUGACUGGAGCAAGCAGUGAGAUAAGAUAAACAAUCACAACCACCCCAGUCUGUAGGAAAUACACCCAACUCUCAAUGCUGCCAUCAGAUAAAUACCCAUAGAAAGCAAGCACUGUACAAAACCUGCCCUGAUGUGUGAGCAACUUUUAAGUUUGAGCACAGCCAACUUUUAGCAGGAAGCAUUGAAUUGGGUGCCCCUGGCACCCAAACAUUGGAUGUCCAUAACAAUUCUUUUUUUUUACAGAAAUGGGUGUAAAAUUCUUUUGAUAAAGUUUUGUUUUUAAACAAAAUCCAUUCUAAUAUUAAAAACCUCCCUGAACCCAGUCGCAGACUCCAAACAGUCGAAACACAGUCAUCCCUAUUCUAUCUUUAAAGAUUUGUUUUACAGUCUGGACAUUUUCACUUUCAUUUUACUCACUGCUGUCGCCUGCGAUAUGAUACGGACAUGGUGCCAAAACAGAUAGGAGACUUUUUGAUGGUUCACUGCAGAUAAGAGAAUUUGAGCUGCUUAGACUGUGGACAGACAUGCACUGUGCUCCUGGAAGCACAGAGAUAGAGCCUGGGAACUGAGCCAGCACUCUGCACCUCUGGACUGCUAGAAACCCAAAUUCUCAGCAAUGUUUUAUAUGGGAAUAUUCUGAUCAACCUGCAUUGAAGAUGAUAGUAUAUAUUUAAUUAUUCAAAACAUUGUUUAAUUAUUGCUUUCCUUCGUUUAUGCCUUUUAUAUUUCAGUACUCAUGACCAUAAUUUUGUACAUAUAAGUAUGAAUUAAUGGCACUUUUCAAACAUAAUCCCAUUGAAGCUGAACAUAGCAAAGGCACUAAAAGACAAUGGAUUAUAUGUCCUCAUUUUUUUAAACGAUUAUUGUUAAUAUAUGAUGAAAGUGUAAAUUAGUACAGUUAUUGAUGUAUAUUCUUUAUUUUAUCUUUUUUUUAAACUGCAUGUGGACAGUAUUUUGUUCUGAUGAUUCAGAAGUGCCAGUGACCCAUGUUCUGGCAGUCUCACUAAUUCUCCUCUGCAAUACAAUGCAGCUGAUCUGGUGUAUGCUUUUGCUGUGUUCAGUACCACAUGGAAAUGCCAGUGGAAACAGAACCAUCAGAAAGGACACGAUAUUGCUUAAGAGUAAAGUUUGUGCCAUGAAUAUUUUUGCUCAAUUAAGCCCUUCCAGUAAAGCAUAAAUAUACCAAGUAUUAGUGCAGAUUAAGUAAAACAAUGGGAAACAUGUAUUCAUAGCAUUGCUACUUUACAGAUGAAAUAAUUUGAAGCACUUGGCAUCCAAAUAUCAGACUCAAAAGACACAAGCAGCAAAACAUAGAGUCAUAACGCAAAAAGCUUUUAAUUGAACAGUUUGGUUGGUUGAUAACCAAAAGCAUUUUUGUUCUGUCCACUGCAUCAAUGGUUUUGCAGUGUGGCUGUAUCUCUUAGAAUUACACUUAGUUUAAUUCUGUUUAACAUUCAAAUGCUAAAGUGGACAUGUAACAUACAAAGCGAUGAAUCUGAGCUGACUUAUUGGCUGGGUUUAUGGGAUGGUACUGAUGAUCCCAUGGUGUCGACUGUGACAGGUUGGGUGUUAGAUUUAGGUCUUUUACAGUGCUGGUGACUCAUCACCAAACCCCAACCUAACUGUGACCUAAAAGUUCUCCAGUACACACGACAGCUUCUCAAUGUUUUAACUGUGGUCUGUGUAUCCAGACCUCUUGCCAGAUCUCUAUAAUCCUGCUUUUAAAAAAAUUGAACACAUCAUAGACAAUGCUCUUUCAUCCAACUGUAUACAUAGCUAUGACUUUAAUUUGGUUUUUUUUGCAAAUCCUCAUAAUCUGAUUUAUGGUGUUUUUAAAGCACUUUUUCGUGGCUGCCAGGUGUCUAUUUUCCUUCCUUAACCUGUCAGUACAGGACAAUAUAGUCCCUGGAGCCUGUCAUUCUUGUCAUGCACUCAAGUCAUCUUAUUUGUGCUUUCAUCAGCAUGGAGUCAAUCCUGGUUAUUCCUCUUCUAAGUGAGAUAUCCAUGUUGAGGAAGCUGGUCCUGCCAUUUGAAAACCGGCAUGGAUCUACUUCUUAGGGCAUUUCCUUUAGUUUCUUGAUGUGCAUACACCAGCCACCCGAUUUCAUAGCUAUGGGGUUAAGAUGUCAGCAUAACAGCAUUAGAGACCUCUAUUUUAAUGUGCAAAUCUGAUACUAUGCUAGUCCAGAAAUUUAUUAUUGUAUCAUUGCAUAAUGUGUCACUCAGAUACCUUACCCGUGUUACAGGAUGCAGUGUAGUAUUCACAAUGUUAAUGGAAGGUGGAGGUUUAACAUUCUGAGUCUCACACCAAUUCAUCACUUCCAUCGUGUAGUAUUCUAAACAAUUCUUUGCCAGCCAUGGAGAGAAUGGAAGUACCCAUAUAAUUCCCCCAGUCUGCUAUGUCUCUUUUCUGACUGUACAGAUUGACAAUACAUGUAUCCUGCAAACCUUACAGACAACCUAAUAUUCCAAUUGUAAGAAGUCUGACAAUUCCUAUCAUCACAGUUAAAUACAUGUUAACCACAUCUACUAUUUGAACCCAGGAAAUAAUGGGCAUACUGCUUCAAAGUGCUAUAUCUCUGAGGUUUGUCUAAACAAUGCAAUGUUUCUGUCGGGGGUCCUGAUGUGUAAAAGUGGUUGCCUUGUACUGGUUAGAAAAACUUACAAAGUUUUAUGGAUAUUGUCAAAAUGAAGAAAUGCUAUGAAACUGAGAAAUAUGAUUAUUUUAUAGGUAUUCUGUAAAUUAUAUAGAACAAAAUAAUAAAAAAAGUUCUUGAAUUAAAACAA